CUCAUCUUCUCCCUCGACCUCUUUUGUUCUUCCGGCGGCGGGUGCUUGGGUUCGCCAGGGAGCUUGGGCUGCGACGGCGGACGGUGGCUGGCGACGGACGGCGACCGGCGUCCGGCGACCUACCGCCGUACCAAGAUUUACUAAAACGAGUAAAUCGCCGUACCAUACCUGCACCCCCGUACGCGUACCUCGGUGACGUCUAAACACAGCUCCGCAGGGCCUCUCCUAUUCCCUCUCCUGCCAACGGACAAGAGGUUGAGUUUGGUGUGAACCACGGUGUGGAGAAUGGACGAAGCCGAUAGAAAGGGGGUGAGUCAGGUGAAUGCUGAGGAAGAGGAAGCGUCCUCCAGCGGCUACAGGUUGGUUCCUUGGCAGAGCUGGGAAGAGUGGAACAUGAUCAGAGAGAAACUCCUAUCUUCCUCUCCAGAGUCCGUUCGAGUCGCGCUCAACAGGAUUAAGGCAUGGGAAAGUCGUGGCUGCCUACCGAUUCCGGUGGCAAUUACGGCGGAAAUGGUUGAGACACGGCUAACUGAUCCGUAUUUCAGAAAGGAUGUGCCGAACAGUGGGUUAAAUUCAGAAAAGAUGCUUUCCUUGUUAUACUCAAUGGCAAUCAUGAGGCUUGUAAAUGGCUUUGUUGACCAGUCGCUAGUUGGUACGAAGAAAAGGCUGUCUAUUGCAAAGGCUGCUGAAGAAAUUGGGUUGCCAAGGAUGCUAAUUGAUAUACGACAUGAAUCUUCACAUCGUGGACUUCCAUCACUUCAGUUGCUCCGUUUGGCUAUUGAUAAGGCUCUGAAUUGGCUCCAGGAUUAUUAUUGGGAACGUCAGGUGAAAGCAAUGCUUGACAUUUUCAAGGACAUCAAUUCUUCAUUGUGUAAGAUGGCUCAGUGCAUAAAAGUGAAGAAGGUCAAAGUGAAGAAAGAGGUAAAUAAGGCAUCAAGGAGCAUUAUUCUUGCGUACUCCUCAUAUUCCAUGGAAGUAGCAACUUUGUUAUUGGAGAAAUGCUUGUCCUGUAAAUUUAGUCUUUCUGAUAGCAGCAAGUUUAUAUCGACGGUGGUGCCCAUGGAAGAUGACAUGCUUUAUUUGGCUGACUUGGAUGCAUGGAAACUUGUCAUAAAAAAGUUAUCUCGUAAAAGGAUUGAUUUACUACUGGUAAUGUUCAAGGCAGCUAUGGAUAAGAUUGACACCUUUUUGUCUCAGAACACUGAAGAUGAUGUUCAAUGUGAUCUCUUCAUGCCAUUUCAGAAACAGAGUCAUGAAAUAAUAGAGAACAUUGCUUCUCUUGCCUCUUGGCUCCUUGAAUGCCUGAAGAAAUUGGUCUAUUCUGAUUCACCUAAUGCUGGUCACAGUGGCGUGAAUGAUCUUGUUUUGCGUGACACACUGGAGGACUUGCUCCUUGUCUGUCUUGGUAAAUUGGUUAGCACCAAUUCUAUGUUAAACUCAUGUCUGAUCUUGUCGGAUUUGGUUGGGAGAGGUUACUUAACUAAGUUGAUCAGGAGACUAACACAGAUGGGACAAUCAAACCAAACCGUGGUAGAGAGUGACAAGGAGUUAGGGUCUGAACCAGACGAUGCAUCCAUUAAUGAAGCAGUGAAGAAGCUGGAUAUGCUGAAAAAGGAUCGGCUAGAGGGUAAAGUUAAUGUUGUCCACAAAGAAGAUGUAGUAUGGACCGUGGCCAAGUCAUGGACACCCUGCCCAAUUGGCAUGUUACCAUCUUUGGGCUCUGCUGGAAGGCUGCCUAUGCUUGAUAAGGACAGUAAGGUCCCUGCAUGUCCAGAAACAAUCAGGACAAGCUGUAAACGGCAUGCAAGCCAUGAACUGCAAGACCUGGGCCUCCGCAGCAACAAGAAGAGAGAAAGUAGGGAAAGUCGCUUAUCCGAGACCUUGGUAGAGUUUGAAACAGAUGAAUUUGUGCAUGAUGAGUCACAGUUGCAUGAAAGUAAAAUGACGACUGAAGGUGGUUCUCCAGAGAAAAGUUUAUCGACCCUUAAGGGCAAACUGCUAAUUGAUGGAUAUCUGCAGCAUUGUGGACCCGACAUCUUGCAUGCUAUUCAGUCUAAGGUGAGCAUCUUUGAUAGUUCAUCGUGAACCGUGCCUCACCGCCUCACCGAAGGUUUACUAUCCUUCUGUAACUAGAUAUAACAGUACCUGACUUCCCUUUCACCAGUUGUUCCCCUUGGACGUAAAAUUUUGUCAAGCUUCUUUCAUAUUCUUUCUUCAAUCUUUUGUCCCUUGACGUUUCUGUAACUGAUUUUAUUUAAGAUAACAAAGGUUGUGCUUGUGCA